GUUUUCUCUUUAAUUUUUAAAUUUCGAGUUAUUUUUAAUAGAGAGUGCGAAGGUUUUGUUUCUGGAAGGGAGAUGGUGUGGAGAGGUGGUGGUUUGGUGGUGAACAGUGGAGCGGAGAGUACACUCGGUACAGCUGCUCCAGGUGCAUCAAUCAGUUCUGGAAGAAGAGGUUGAGGUUGGCGUUGCGUUUUUGGUAGAAUUGGUGGUGAAUUUUGCUUGCUGUUGAAGUUCUGAGUGCAUUGGAGCAGCAGCUGCGUGGUUUAUGAAUCCGGUGCGGGGCAAGCGUUAGUCGGAACGGUUCUUGAAGGUUGGGAUGAAUUGGCACUUUUACGGUUUUGACCAGUUUAGUGGUGUACGCUCCAGGUGUGAUUUGAGUGAUAGGGGGAUAUUUUAGAUCUUGCUUAUCGAGGACUGAUCGUUGUGCAGCAAUAAUUCCUCGGAGGGGGCACAAUUCUCGAGCUGCAUGAAUAGGAGAAUCUCCCUUGAAUCGUGUUACUGAUUGGGUAAAGGAUUUCGUGGCUCGAGACGGCCCUCUUGGUGUGCAGAACGGAGACGCAGCAGGCUAGAGAGCAGAAUCGUCUCGUGUGUCUUUGCCUACAUUCUUGCUCUGUCCCCCACCGCUGCACAGAUGACGACGUUGCUUCAAAUGCUCGCGGAUUUCGGACAGUUAUGCCAGAGAGAUCUGCGGAUCUUUUUGUGGCGGGGUGUUCUGAUAGUGAGCCUACACGUUCGCGAAUUAGACUUUUCUUAACGAAAAUUUCUGAAAUGCACUCAGCUGGGAAAAUGUGAGUCCUUUGAGAGUAGGGCCGUUGUUGCCUCAUUCAGGCUGUCCGGAAGACGCAAAGCGUGUGGAACAUCGUAAGAAUAGAUCUUCUUCCGCCCUCUUUUCCUACUACCUUGCGGUCUCAAGAAGUGCUAGCUGCUGAAAACUCUUAAGGCUCUUCUCGCAUUGCGGAGAGUAGAUGAAAUUCUUGAUCGAACACGAUCACGGUUGAAGUCAUUAACAGCCGCCCUUUUCUUUACUUGUUUGUAGAGUAUCCGAUUGGGAGUUUUUUCACGUUUGGUAGCAGCAAGAUUCCGAUCGCACUGAUUCGAUUGGUCUCGACAUACUGUGGCCACUGCUCACACUUUCAAGCAUAGCCUAGCUGAGUUCAUUUCAAGAGAAAGAGUAUCGAAAGAUCGCUGGGGUCGAUUAGGCUCGUCGCAAAAUUCUUCCAAGAUUUUAGCAUUCGCUAGCAACCACCUUAUUCUGUAGAUACAAUUGAUUAUCUUGCAGUAAAAAAAAUGAAAAUACGAUUUCUCCCUUCUUGGCAUGUGCGUUGAGUCGAUUUCUCAGGAUCCUUGGUAAAGGCAGAGACACUCGUUGAUUGUGUUCCUUAUGUCAUUUUGCAACCGCGGCUCCCGUUAAGUUUUUUAUUUUUAUUUACUAUUAUUAUUAUUAUUAUAAAUAGUAAGCUUCAGAUGUCCGUUUUUGGAGACUUUCACCAUGCUCUUCCUCAAUUCCGAGACUUGUACUCAAGACCAUAUGCUCAAGUUUGUGUGUUUGUAGAGAUGAUCUAUUGUUUCUGCUGUUGAUGUGCUAGACUAUUGAGAAAUUCUGUUAAGUUCUAGUUUGUUAAGUCUGAAAACCAUGUACGAACCGGUGUUUUCCUUUUUUUUUUUGUUUUGUUUUGUUUUGUUUUUUUUCGGGUUUUGGUAUCAGACCAUUAAUGGCGUUCUGAACUUAAUGAGCACAAUCUCAAUGCUUAAAGCAGGCAUUGUGCCAGGUGAGUUCUCGUUACAAUAUAUUUAAAGUGAUGCGACAUUUGCAACUUAAAAAUAAUGGGUUGAAAACUUUGACGCUUUCGAUGUUGGCGAAACAGCAAAUAUUGUCCUGCUUCACGAACAGCAAACUAUACGGCAUUGUGGUAGGAUGACAACGUCCUGAGAACUACAGUCUUCUGCAAGAUUGCAGCAUGUGAGCACUAGGUGUGAGAAUCAGUCAGGAAUGUAACAAAUCAGUUGCCGGAGUUGAAACGUACUCCCGGCAAAGCAUGCUACGUUACGUUUCGUGCGAUAAGACAGGAUUGUUGCAAUAGUGGAUUUAUUCGGGGUUCCUCGUGAAGAUCAAACUAGAGGCCCCUGAGUUGGAGUGGAAGGGUUUGUGAACCCAAAAAUAAGUUAUUACCGAGUUGUGAAGCCAGUUCGGAAACCUAUUUUCAGCUGCACGAUUAGACAUUAUAAAUUUUCCCCAUGGAAAGGGCGGAAUGAAACCUGAUUCCUUCUGAUUGCAUAUUGUAUAGUUCUUCGAUUCCAUAAACAACCUCUUAUUGCAUCGACUGUUGGAUUUUGCAGAAUCCAUGUGAACGGAUCAAUGCAAGAAAUUGAGUGUACAACGCCAUUGGUUUCUUUGUCUCCAACAACGGCUCUUGAAAAUUCCCAGGGGCAGCAUUAUGAUGUUGAGGUCAAUCCCAAUGAGAAGCUACCAGAGAUCCAGGAUCAACGACUUGCCUUGGAGCAAGAGGUGGCCAACUUGAAGAAGAAGCUUACGCAUGAGAUCAAGCUGCGGGAAGCUCUAAAGAGUGGCCUUCAGAGGUCUCCGGGUUUCCUGCCCAAAAUUCCUGGAUACGUUCCUGCCGAGACGAGAGAACUGCUAUUUGAAGUUGCUGUUUUGGAGGAGGAGAUUAAUUUCCUUGAAAAGCAUGCUGUGUAUCUACGGCAGGAGAUACAUGAUGAAGAUAAGUCUGAAUUGUUCGGAUCCUUUCGACUGGGCGGUGAGGAAGAAACUGUCUCCGUCUCCGAGAAAUCCGCUGUUUUGGAGAUGGAGACCCCAGAAUCGGGAGUUUCUGUGCAACCGUUAGUACAUAUAUCUGAACCAGUCACCCCGACAAUCCCAGUUACGCCGUCGUUGACACCGUUUCUAACUCCCGAGUGGAGACCGUCUGUCCCAUCUUCACCUACACGCGUCCAUGAUAGAAACAUUCCCCUACCUGUACCUUCAACUUUUGUGUCACCCCUCUCUAUGGACUCUUCGCAUCGUAAUGAAUCAGAAAGUGUACUUCCUCAGGUAUUGAAUAGGAAAAGAGUAAUUAGACGAGGUUCUUCCUCAUCAGAAUCUCUUCCCGCAGACCUUACUGAACAUUACAGUGCAAUUCGAAUGCCCUUGAGGAAAAAGGCAACUCACAAAAAGACUCUGUCCCUUCCACAUGACGCCAGGAAGGCGGAUAUUGAAUGCAGCGAUGCCAGCUUUGCCAAAUCUUCCUUAAUGAAGAAGGAGGUGGGUAGAGGAGAUGUCUUUGAGAGGUUAUCUGCACUGAAGAAUGGAGGACAAAGAAGAGCAUCGGUUAUCCCCUCUCCUGUAAAUUCUGACAAACCUGAGAAUUUUGCCGUCAAGAAGCCCGCACAUUUGAAGGGGGUUCAGAGCAGGUAUCUGUCUCAUAGAUCACCGCCAACUACCUUGUCGAAUGAGAACGUGAAAACUUGUACAAAGAGGCCUACGAGAGCGAAGGAAGAUCGUGGCCGUUCGCCACGUCUUGCUUCGCCGCAAUUGGAGACUAAAGCACCUUCGUGCUUCGGGCGCUCCUCCAGUAACAGAGAUAUACAAAUUGAAUCCUCACCCACUUCAACUCCGUCUCCGAUAUUUGAAGAUAAGGCUAUAUCCUCUAUUAAGCGUAUUGUAUCAAGCAUGAGUCCAACCGGAUCCCCACAACUGAAAUUUCAGAAUGGCGUUAACUCUCCAUUCACUCCAACUUCGGAUAUAGGAAAUGAAGAUCGGUUAGUAACUCCUUUCAAAUUGCCUCCAACUGGAGAGAGGGAAAACUUGAAAGUUUUGACUCUCAGUGAUGAGAGACGAAGGACACAUGAUCUUGUUAUUGCGAAGUCUCUUCCUUCCAUCAAAUUAAACAAGGCAUCCAAUCAAAUACAUUCGCCUUUCAGAGGUUCUGUACAACAUCGUCUAUCUGGGACAAACAAUUUCGCGGAGAAUGCUAAGCUAUAUGCUCAGGUAAAGGUCUCAUCUACACCGACAAGUCAAGCUUACAAAAUAAAGCCUAUUCAAGUUCAGAAGUCUAUGCCUAAAGGCGUGGACAGCGUACAUAGCACUCCCAAGUCAGAGUACACAUGCUCGACAAAACCUCGGCCCGACAGGGACAACGAUUAUAAGGAUGAUAAGGUGGACAUGGCUUGUGCCCCGAUAUCAGAUGCUUCCUGGCUAUCUGAAGACCUGGCAAAAUUAUUGGGCACAGUAUGUAGCAAAAUCCGUAGGCAUUCUCCGUCUCCAGAUGCAAAGGUGGUUGCGAAACCUCCCGUUUCUGUGCUUGGAAGUUCUCGAAGAACGGAUUCCUUUGGGAGAAGCCAGAGUUUUGACAUUCGAAGUCACGAAGGUUUACAGUUAUUGGAAGAAUUCUGUUCAGAUGACAUCAGCUUGUCGGAUUCUCAUGGUGUACACAAGCAUCGAACGACGAACUUAGGGCCUCAUCGACAUUAUUACAAAGCGUUGAAGUUACCACUUGAGCAAAAUUUGAAGGCUUAGACCAUUGCAUUCGAAGAGUGGAAGAAGGAUCUCUCAGCCCUCAUAUGGGGUGCAGUUAUACACUGUCAUAAUCAGUAUCUUUGACCUACGAUCACAAGCUGCUACGACAUGGAAGGAAGAAAAAAAUCCGCUGUCCAUCUGAUUCUCUGCGGAAGGGGUGGACUUAUGAGGACAAAAAGUAGUCUAGUGUGCUGCGCCAUAGUGUAGAGUGUAGAUUGAGAUUGUGCAUAAAAGGACAUCAGGUGGUGAGAUUGAGUUUGCUGAAUGUGAUUUUUUAUGCAUAGCUCCAGCAAAACCACGACUUCGACAAGAAUUUGCGGAGGAAAUGUUAGAGCAUUAGAUGUAUCUUCGGCGAUCAAGCAGCUAACUCUGAUGCAUGAAGUCAGCAUCCAGCUACUCUGCACAGAUCGUGGUGAACAAUGUUCUUAAACGACUCUUUGACCAUGGCAAACUACGGUUCAGAGUUUGAAUGUAAACGGUGUGGUUUCUAUGGGCUCGCUGAAAACGUAGAAAGCACAGAACCUCAGCAAACCGCCUGGCCCAACUCCUAUUUUAUUUUAAGUUAUGAUUCCUGGCUCCCUGCAAACUAUAACUUUCACAAACUGUAUUUUGUUUAUUUUGUUUCGAAUAUAUGAAAAGGGUUGUCAGAUGUUUUCACUUGGAGUGCGAGCAACCGA